AGCUCCUGUGUGCUGCUGUGUCUGAUAUGAACUCUGUCUGUCCUGUUUUAAAGGGCAGCAGUAGUUUCCAGGAGCUGGUGCUGGUGGAGAACACCAGACUCAGUGAGCAGUACUUCUCUGCUGUGCAGAAGUUUGUGGUGUUUGACCUCGGCCUGACUCUACUGCCGGUCAGCGGGCAGACUGAGGCCUCGCAGCUCAUUGCUCAGAUCGUUCACGGGGAGGGCCGAGAGAACCCCUUCAGGAGGAGGACUUCAUCUCGGCUGUUGGACCCGCUGGUCCCGGCUCUGGUCCAGCAGGUCCCCGGGGUCGGCAGGGUCAAAGCUCUGGCCCUGCUGCGGCACUUCUCCAGCAUCCGGCAGCUCUGCAACGCGGCCCCUGCUGAGCUGGAGCCCAUCGUGGGUCAGGCUGCAGCUCAGCAAAUCCACAGCUUCUUCCACAAAGACACUGCUGCAGGAACCUGAAGGCUCGACCCUGGGUCUUUAUCUAACCAGGAAGGUUUGGAUUCGAUGCUAGUGCAGAUACACUUUGGCUCACAUGGACACCAAGUCUUUAUUUGAACGUUCACUUGACACCAGCUGGUGAAACAUGACCAGCUGUGAGACUAGAAAUGGGACGUGUGUGUGUGAAAGAGUAAUUUAGAAAGUCAGCAGAUAUUUUCCACAUUAUGUGAAUAAAAACUAAAUACAUUAGCAUGUUUAUAUACUGUAUACAGAAAGCAGUGAUGGUGCAGUCAGUGGUUUGUCUGUUAGUAGACUGAUACGUGUGGUCAGACGGGUUUUGCACUUUGUUUUUAAGGAGGACGUCAGAGGGCAGCAGUGAAAUGAAGGACUGAAAACAAACAGUCCAGUUUGCUGUAACAUGUAAAUUACAUAAACUGACCAUCAGCAUCCAGCUAUAUAAUGACAAGAUGCAGAAAAAAGGUUAAAUACACGUCCUUAUGAGGAAAACUGU